AUGGAGGAGGUUGAAGUUUCAGAGGAAUCAGUAGUUGCUAUUGUAAUAGUGGCAAGGCAAAAGGAGUUGCUCCCAUUUUCAAGAGAUAUGCUCUUCCGAGAUUCAGUCAGCAGUCUAUUAUUGUCCUUCUACCAGACAGGAGCAAUGGAGUUUUCACAAGAGUGGUUCAAACUUCAUUAUCCCAAAGGCUUAUACCAGUCCUUUCAUUAG